AUGGCCCCGCCGUCACCGCCGAGCAGCCGAGCCGCCGAGCCGCCGAGCCGUCGGAGACGCCAAGCUGCUGGAGCCGCCGAGCCGCCGUUUCCACCAAGCCACCGAGCCGCUGAGCCGCUGAGCCGCUGUUGCCGCCGAGCCGCCGUUGCCGCCGAGCCGCCGUUGCUGCUGAGCCGCCGAGCCGCCGUUGCUGCUGAGCCGCCGAGCCGCCACUACCGCUGUGUCCGCUGUGCCGCCGUCACUGCGGUCGCGGCCCUGCUCUCCCGGCGAGCCUCGGUCCUUCUCGCCUGCCCGGGCCGGGCCAUUGACUUUGACGUCUGGGUAGAUGAACUGCAACCUUUCCUACAGUGCGAUAGGGCAGACGGUCUCUCUCUGUUUGAUCUCACGUCUGGUGCCUCCCCUGCCCCUGCUGCUGAUGCUGACGCCACUGUUCGCUCACAGUGGGCCACACGCGAUGCUGCUGCCCGUCUUGCUGUGCGCCGCCACUUGCCGACCGCUGAGCGUGCGCACUUUAGUCAGUACAAGAGUGCUAAGACCUUGCUCCCUGACUCCCUUCGCUCGGUCAAGGACCACUUCCUCGCUGUUUUCCCCACCACUCCCACCGUUGACCUCCUCGAGGAGCGCCUCCUGGCAGCAGAGAAGAGUAUAGUUGCAGUAGGAGCCUCUCGUGGUGACCCUCGCACCCCCUUCUUUGAGGGGUGUUCCCCCUCCCCCCUCUUGCCCUUUGUUGCCUCUGCUGCUGCGGCCGACCUUGUUGGUCUUGAGUCGCUCGGUGCGGUGUCUGCCUCUAGCGGAAGACGCCGCACUGGCAACGGCAAGGGGGGCAAGGGCGCUGGAGGAGCUGGCGGGGGCGGUGGCAGCGGAGGUGGAGGUGGUGGAGGGGGUGGGGGUGGCGGUGGGAGUGGUGGCGGAGGCGGGGGCGUAAGUGGCGGCAGUGGAGGCGGAGGAGGCGGCGGCGGGGGCGGUGGGAGCGGAAGUGGUGGAAGUGGAGGCGGUGGAGGAGGUAGUGGCGGCGGCGGUGGAGCUGGUUGGGGUAGCGCUGCGCACAGGGUCGGCUCCGGUGGUGGUCAGCGCCAGCAGCAGCAGCAGCGCACUCGUGAGACCCCUCCCCCCCAGCAGCUUCGUGAGUGGAACGCUGCACGUCAGCGGGGUGGGGGUACUAGUCCGUGUACCUAUGUUUUACGCACCGGCGACCGCGCGGGUGAGCAGUGCGGGGGUCCGCACUCCACCCAGCGCUGCUUUGGCCGCCUGACGGACGCUUGGCGUCAGCAGUUCCCUGACGCCACUGAGAUCCCUCGCUGGGGCGAGCUGUUUAGGGUGGGGGUUCCUAUCUUUGAUCUUGAUUAUGAUGCUAUUGUUGCUGCCAUGUAUGCUGUGACUAUUAGUGAUGAGGGUGACUGUUACCGGUGUUUCCCUCCGGACUUCGGGCAUUGGGACUGCUGCUCUAGGUACUG